UAAAACUUUUGCCCGCGUUUCUGUGCAAAUUACAAAAGGCACCCAUAUCGCACUGCAAGUUUUUAAUUUGACAAAGUCGAUGCUAUUAUUCAAAUAUUAGAUCGGAAGAAAUCCGAGCUAGAGACAGACAUUUUAGCGACACAAAAGCAUGAAAAAUAUGAAGUUUGUGGUUGUUGCGGAAGAAGAAAGGCGCACGGGGAUGCAGCAUUACCUGGCAAUUUGUCGGGCCAAUGAGCGGCGACUUGCCCCUGGCAGUUCGUCGCCUCGGUGGGAUUCAAUUUUCGCGACAGGUGCCUUGACUGCUGCUGCUGUUGCUGUUGCUGUUGCUGCUGUUGCUGCCGCCGCUGCUCCUCUACGUCCGAUGCUCCCUCGAGAUUCUGCACAUGUGCACACAAAAAAGAAAACCGGAUUAUCACCGUGUGGAACUUUUCUAUUUUUCUUCGCCAUUUCGUAUAAUGUUUACUCCACAGACUUGAAGAUUCAUUUUUUCCGUCAGGUAGAAGUCGGUUUCACAUUGACAAGUGAAAAUACAUCGCGAAAUUAGUGUUUUGCAUUAGCAGGAGUUUUCUACACAUUGGGUUUACAACAGCAAAUAUACUUUAUGGUAAGAUUUUUGAUAACAAAGGAGGUUUUCGCGUUACUUACUUACCUUGAGUAAAAUUAUAACAAAAAUAUAAAAAUAACAUAAAGUUUGCAUAUCUAAUUCUAAAAUAGGCUAAAUACAAUAAUAUUUAGUAAAAAGCUAGUAAUAUUAAAAUGGUGUAACCUCAUGGCUGCUAGCUAUGCAAGAGGUUACGACUUUGUAAACUACUUGAAUGCAGCUGCCGAUCGAAAAUCCAAUUUAUUUAUAUAGAAAGUUUAUUUUGAUGGAGCACUUUAUCCUUAACCUCUACCUAUAAUUUAUACGAGCUUUGAAGCACUUAUAAAUAUGAUGAUCGCUUAUUUCUCGUGCAAGCUCGGAACUAAAAUCACUCGUGACAUUGUAUCCUGUAAUAGAAUCCAACUCUAAUCGAAUUUCUCGAGGAUUCAAUUCUCAUCGAAGAUGUUAAUGGUUAACGGCCAACCUAGAGCUUCGGCGCUGGGUAACUUCUACUUCAGUCCAGUUCGAUUACGGCCGGUUUUCGAACCUACCUACUUUGAAAGACCGCGGCAGAAGCGCACGGACUCGAAUCUUGAUUUGAGUCUUGAUGUGAAGCCGAAACUUCGACAUAAGGGUAGCACUAGCAAGACACAUUCCAUGGUAGACGACGGCGACGAUGAUGACAACGACGACGACGACGACGACGACGACGACGGUGGCGGUGAAGAUUCCAUCGAAGCGAGAAAAGCUCCGAAGCACAACACAAAAAAGAAGAGUCAUCGCAAGGACAAGAGGCGCAAGAUGAAGGCACACGAGGACUCCAAAGUAAACCCGACGCUCGAGCACCUGUGCUCGAAAUUACGACUUUCAUUUGUCCUCGGUGCCCUCGGCGUUAUUGUCCUUCUCGCCUGCUGCUGCGCGAUUUUUUUGAGAAAUCGCUUGGUUGCCUGCUGCAAGAGAUGCUGGCCGGGAAAGCGCAAAAAAAAUCCUUCCAAAGUGAAUUUAUUCGACGUGGAGGAAGGAGAAUACCCAUAUCAAGCGUCAAACAAAUUGUCUUCCAAGCAAUCUAAAAAAAACAAGAAUCCUCCAAGACUGAUCAACACUGCCACUCAGGACAGUCGGACGACUAUGGCCCAAGAGGAAUCGCCCACACCCGUAGGUUGCUCACCUUGCUGCAAGAAGAAAAGAACCAAAUCCGGCAAGAGACGUCGCAAAUGAAUUUUAGAUUACUUUACUAUGCGUACUUUUAUUUGAUAAGCCAAUAAAGUUAUACAACACAAUCAAUUGUUUUAUUUAUUUAUUCUCACUGCACUCCUAACCAUAUAAGUACUCGUUGGCCAUUUAAAAUUCAAA